AUGCUGACAGAAGUACCAGAGGAAUACAGGAGAACAGCGGACCCCGUGAUGUUGAAGAGGUUCUUCAUUGAUGCUACUGAUGAUGUGACUGAAGAGUGCCCUCAUGACAGUGAGCGCGUUGAGACCAUGGGCGACAGCACUGUGUCGUACACCGUUAACAACAGCACCUUCUCGCUUCAAACACGGGAAGCGACCACCAACAAGUUCAUGGGCAUGUCGUUCGAUUUCGUCAGCGAGGCACCUGUGGGUCACACCCUGGCCUUCGAGAUCCUUGCUGGGACGCAGAUCGUCAUGGUUGCCAGGAUGCAAGGGAAGCGGGGCUCUGGCGCCGCUUGGAACGCAGAAAGGAGACCAAGCUUUUGCAGACCCACGGGGACCCGGGGCUCCACCUGCUUAAGUUUGAGUUUGAAGUUUCGCUGGACAAGAGGCAGUUUCGCUCCACAUUCAAUUUCAGCAAGUUUCAGCCUUCUCGUCAUCCUCCCCUUGCUCCUCCUCUUCCUCCUCUUUUUCUCUCUUCUCCCCCUCGUCCUCCCUCGCCGCAUCCGUUUGCCUCCGCGGGGACGGGCAGGGGCGGGGCAGAGAGGACAAGUAAUCGCUGGCGACCGGCGACCGGGGGUGCGGAUGAAGGAACGACACUAG